AUGACUGUCCCCUCACAGGAGGAGGGUCUGAGCCCGGAGCAGCUCGCCCGCUUCCACCACGACGGCUACCUCAUCAUUCCCGGCGCCCUCUCCCCGGAGACCGUGUCGGGCCUGCUCGCCGAGACCCACUCACUGCUGGACAACUUCUCCCUCGCGGACCACCCCAUGACUCGCUUCUCUACCGGCGACAAGGCCGAUCACGUCGGCGACGACUAUUUCCUCUCCUCAGGCGACAAGGUCCGCUUCUUCUUCGAGGAGGACGCCUUCGACCUCGCGGGCAACCUCUUAAAGCCCAAGGCCCGCGCUAUCAACAAGAUCGGCCACUACCUGCACGUCCUCUCGCCGCCCUUCGCCGCCAUCUCGGACCCGUGCCCUGCACCCGGGCGCGGUCCCGUCAAGGGCAAGCCGUCGGCCGUGGCCCGCAGCCUGGGCUUCCGCGACCCGCGGUGCCUGCAGAGCAUGGUCAUCUGCAAGCAGCCCGAGAUCGGCGGCGCGGUGCCCCCGCACCAGGACUCGACGUUCCUGUACACGGACCCGCCGUCGGCUGUGGGAUUCUGGUACGCCCUAGAGGACGCGACGCUCGAGAACGGCUGCCUGAGCUUCCUGCCCGGGUCGCACCGCUGGGCCCCUGUGACUCACCGGCUGGUGCGCAAGGCCGGCGGCGGGACGGAGAUGGUCGACAACGACGGCCCGCGGUUCCCCCCCGACGAAAAGUACGGCGGCGCCGAGGGCGAGAGCGAGGGAGGAGGGGAGUACGUGCCGGGCGAGGUCAAAGCCGGCGACCUGGUGCUGAUCCACGGCAACCUGUUGCACAAGAGCGAGAAGAACCUGAGCCAGAAGGGGCGCAUCAUUUACACGUUUCACGUCAUUGAGGGCGAGGGCACAACGUACGACCAGAGGAACUGGCUGCAACCGCCCGAGGCCGGGUUCACCCGGUUGUACGCUUCAUGA